AUGUGUUCCGAUUUGUGGACGCGGGCGACGAACUCGAAGUGUGUACUGCGUUCAUCAAACGGUCGAUCAGGCACUGAACGUACCAGAGAAGUAUCCGAAGAGAAUUGUGCCAAUGAAUCUUGUGGACAUUGGGUGACUGGGACAUGGACCAAGUGUUCGUCCACGUGUGGGCAAGGAAUCAGACGAAGGACGGUGGAGUGCAUGGGUGGAAGGGACUGUCCGUUCACCUCGAAACCAAUCGCUGAAGCGGCUUGCUACUCGGGAGUUCCGUGUCUCAACCCAAUCUCACAAAACCCUCAAGCAUGGACUCAGCUAGACAACAAAAUUGACUGGAGUGAUCGGAAAUUCCUGGACGAAUCAGCGUUAGUUCUAAGCUCAUGGAGUGAAUGCUCAACGACGUGUGGUCCUGGAGUGCAAACGCGUUCCGCAGAAUGCAUGGCUGCGCAUCCUAUCGCGGGAAUGAUUCGUCUACCGUAUUCCGAGUGUCAAUCACAAUCGCAGCCGUCACUUUUCGAACCAUGCGAGGCUCGUCCAUGUCCGCUUCAAGAAGACUCGAAAACCAAUCAUGAAGAGGUGCCAUUCAAAUGGGAGAACGGUGACUGGGGACCAUGUUCAGCCAGCUGUCUAGGGGGGAAGCAAAAAGCGGCUCUUCUGUGUCGAGAAUCAGCCACCGGUCGCGCUGUGCCGUGGUCUCAGUGCGAUGCGAGAACUCGUCCGCCACAACUCGUCCGUCAAUGCAACCAGCACGCUUGUCCACCACUUUGGCAGGUACACUUUUACACUUCGUCUAAAUUAGCGCUAUCCGGAUCAAUGCGCAUACACUCACUUAGUAUGGAG